GUUGCUCUACUGUCAGCAUCGCUAUAGCGAAUUAUCUUUAUGAGCAUGAUCUCUGAAAUUAUUAACAAAUGAAUAAGAUAUAUAUGCCUGACGUAGUCAUCCACACAAAUCCCGGCACAAGCAGAACAAGAAGAUCCAGAGCAGACCAAACUCACUUUUGCCGGUGAUGCUUCUCUUGUUCCUUCUCUUAUUCAUUUCAUUCUCUCAGGCCAUUGGACGGGAUACUAUAACACCAGCACAACCACUCACCGGUAAUGAGACUCUUAUAUCAUCUGACGGAAAGUUUGCUCUGGGCUUCUUCAAGCCGGCCAACUCCAAUAACAGUUAUGUAGGUCUAUGGUAUAAUAAAAUCAGGCAAACAACCAUAGUAUGGGUCGCCAACCGCAAAGAUCCAGUCACCACCUCCACUGGAACUCUAUCCAUCUCCAACAAUGGAAGCCUCCACAUCACAGAUCAAAAUUCCACCGUUGUGUGGUCAUCUGGUGUUGCCAACGUGACCAAUCCGGUCGCACAGCUCUUGAACACUGGAAACCUGGUGGUCAGAGAAGAUGAGGGCGACGACGGGAAUUACGCAUGGCAGGGCUUCGAUUACCCCACGGACACAUUAAUUGCCGGCAUGAAGGUGGGUGUGGACUUUGUGAAAGGCCUUAACCGGACUAUGACAGCAUGGAUCAGUGACUCGGAUCCAUCUCCUUCUCAGUACUAUGUGACGAUGGACAUCCAAGGGGACCCGGAGCUAGUCCUUUGUGCUGGUUCGAAGAAGGUGUACCGCACCGGGCCAUGGAACGGGUACCGGUACAGUGGCAUCCCUGGCACGCUCACUUAUGCUGGGUUCAACUUCAGCUUCAUCAACAACAAGCAAGAGAUCACCUACUCUUUCAAUACCAACCUGUCAGUUUUGUCCAAACUGACAGUGAACCAGUCUGGUAUAGUUCAACGGUCGUUAUGGGUGGAGGACAGUGGGAUCUGGAACGUUAUCUGGUACGCUCCAAUGGACCAGUGCGACAACAUUGAGCCAUGUGGUCCUUUCGCGGCCUGCAACCCAAAUAACUCGCCAAUAUGCGACUGCAUCCAGGGGUUCACACCCAAAUCUCCAGAGAAAUGGUUUUACAGGGACGCGAGCGAUGGAUGCGUCAGGAAAACACAAUUGGACUGUAAAAACAGGACAGAUGGGUUCCUGGUCAUUCCUUAUACGAAGCUGGCGGAUACUUCCAACGCAACUGUGGACACGAGCUUGAGUUUGGAUGAGUGCAUGUCCCAAUGCUUGAAUAAUUGCAAUUGCACUGCUUAUGCUCCGGCGGAUGUUCGCAAUGGUGGAAGUGGGUGUAUAACUUGGACGAACGAACUCAGGGAUAUCAGGGUGUUCACUAACAGUGCUUAUGGGCAGGAGUUAUAUGUCCGGCUUGCUGCUGCUGAUCUAGAUUCACCGUCAUCAGCUUCCAGAAAUAGAAACAAAUGGGUGAUUAUCUUUGUGAUAAUCCUUGCUGUGACGAUGCUGAUUCUUGCAUGUGUUGGCUAUAUUAUAAUCAAAAGAAGGAACAGAGGAAGAGCAAGACGUCAAACCAUACAGGAGAGCAACAACUCCUCCCAUGACCCCGGCAGCAGUGGACUCGCUACAGGGAAUGCCCUGGAACUCUCUCAAGGGAAUGACUUUGAGCUACCUUUGCUAGACUUGGGCACUAUUGCAUCUGCAACAGAGAACUUCUCGGCUGACAAUAAACUUGGGGAGGGUGGCUUUGGACCUGUUUAUAAGGGGAUGCUUGGGGAUGGACAAGAAAUAGCAGUGAAGAGACUUGCUAAAUCAUCAGUACAAGGCCUGGUUGAGUUCAAGAAUGAAGUUUUGUUAAUUGCUAAACUUCAACACCGGAAUCUUGUUAGGCUUCUUGCAUGCUGCAUUGAAGGAGAGGAAAGAAUCCUGGUUUAUGAGUACAUGCCCAACAAAAGCCUGGAUUUCUUUCUUUUUGCAAAAUCAAAAGAUGAAGUGUUGAAUUGGCAGACACGUUUCAAAAUUAUUAUGGGAAUUGCACGAGGACUAUUAUAUCUGCAUCAAGACUCGAGAUUAAGAGUUAUCCAUAGAGACCUCAAAGCCAGCAAUAUCCUCCUUGAUAAAGAAAUGAAUCCUAAGAUUUCAGACUUCGGCAUGGCAAGAAUUUUUGGUGGAGAUGAGGCAGAGGGAAAUACCAUGAAAGUUGUUGGUACAUAUGGAUACAUGUCUCCAGAGUAUGCAAUGGACGGAAUUUUCUCUCAAAAAUCUGAUAUGUUUAGUUUUGGGGUGUUGGUACUGGAAAUUAUCACUGGCAAGAAGAACAGAGGGGUGUAUUCAUCUGCACCUAAUUACAAGAACCUUUUGGAUCAUGUUUGGAGUUCAUGGAAGGAGGGAAACAGCUUGCAAAUUGUGGAUGAAUCACUGGGCUCCUCUUAUAACAUGAAUGAAGUCAUGAGAUGUAUUAAUGUGGGUCUUCUAUGUGUGCAAGAUCACCCAGGGGAGAGGCCUUUGAUGUCUUCCGUAUUGCUUAUGCUGAGCGGUGACAAAGCAAUAUUGCCUUAUCCUAAAGAACCUGGAUUCAUUGUGAGAAAUGUUCCGUAUCAAAUGGAGUCAGUUUCAAGUAAACCAACUUCAAGUACAACUUAUGAGAUGUCAACCACACUGAUUGAAGGGAGAUAAUGAUGCUGAUAUUUUGCAGAGGUGGACAAGCCACCGUGAGCCAAGGAGCAUCCACAGGUAUGUGAAUUCACCAUGUGUACUCACUCCGUGCAAGAGAGAUCCACCAUCCAUACAAGCCACAAAAGACCUUAUUAACCAUGUUUCGAACAGAAUUUAAACACGCAUCCUUCACAUGGGGAAAAUUGUACUUUAUCACUAGACUAUACUAGUGUUGGUGUGGUUGCAUAUUUUUAUUGAAAUAAGAGAUGUGGAUGUAAAACAUAUUUCUUUUACUAUAAAAAAUUCUCACCCUGAAAACUUAGCUAAAA